AUGAAAGAAGGUAAUGUGAUGGUGAUUGCUCAGAGAAUGAUAUCUGGUGCUUCUCCUUCUCCUUCAUUAACACCACACUCAUCAGCUACACAACCACCUUUGCCAACACCAUCACCAUAUUCGUUCUCAGUGGCAUCGACAAGGUUGAGAUCAAGGCCUUCUAUAUAUGCAUAUGACCUUGCCUUAAGAUCACUGGCACUCUUGUUCUCCUUCAUCUCUGCUCUUUCACUAGCUGUACCAUCACCAACAAGGACAAAACGAGGAACGAUUUCCAAAUUCUAUGAUGACUCACAAUUAACGUACUGCUUCACAGUAAGUAUAUUAGUUUUUAUCUACUCAGCCUUUCAACUCAUCAAGAGAGUUUGUGACAUCGCUUAUAGAGGUGUCUUGAUCUCUGAUAUGACCUCUGACUAUCUCAGUUUCAUACUCGAUCAGUUGACAGGUUACCUUCUCGUGUCCUCUUCUUCAGUAACUAUACCGGUCAUUCAACAGAUGGAUAGCCAAACCCCUCUCUGGAAGGCAGCUAUUCUUGCUGUUUGCAUGUCAUUUAUUGCUUUCAUGGUCCUUGCGGUGUCUGCACUCUUAUCAGGCUACAAGCUGUGCAAAAGGAUCAUAUGGUGAUGAACUGAGAAUUGAACGUGCAGCCUUCAACUCCAGGAUUGACAAAGCAACCGUAGUGUAAAAUGGGACAUGAUUUCUUCUCUCCUUUUUGUUUCCGUCAAGAAGUUUUGAUCUGCUUGAAGCAUCACAAGUAGCAAUUGGGUGGCAUAUACCAAAUAUCCUCUACUACACUAAUGGUCUGGUAGAAGUUGAUAACAACAAGAAGAGGGUUUCAGAAGUUUAUAGCAAAGAAGAGGAAAAAAAUUGGUAGAAAAUAUGCACAUGCACUAUUAAUUGUAGUGCCACCGUCAUGGUGAAUGAACAGUAUAAGUAGUAUCAAACUAGUUUGUACUUUUUUUUUGAAAACUUACAAUUCUCUUUCU